GAUAUUACUUAUUAUUACCUGAUGACUUCCUGAUGGAGUCUACUUCCUCACAAGUGUCCAAUGAGGUGAACUCAGGGUCACAGAAGUCAACCAUUCCAAGUAGUGGUUCUUCGAUGCAAUCACAGACUUUUUGUCCAGUGUGCCAGUUCCCUCUCAAAACAUUGAAGAUUGCAACGCCCUCAAAACAUAUCACAAAAUGUAAGAAGAGAAAUGCGAAACCAAAAAGAGACUGUCCGAACGGAAUAGACUGCAUUUCAACCAUGGAAUCUCAUUAUCAAAUAUACUCUCAUAAAAAUCUUCAAGAAUAUCGGGACGACCCUGAACGCUCUCUAGCACCAUCUAACACUUCUAUGAGCAGUAUUGAUAGACUCUUUGAAUCAUUACAUGGCCGCACCCCGAAGAAAGAAGUAAAACUAGAAAUAAGUGCAAAUGAAAAUCAUUCCCCGUUUAUUCGACCAUUUAUCGAUUUAACAGACAGUCCAUCUUCUUCAGAAGAGUUUAAAAACACUCAAAAUUCGUCAAAAAAAAGUCGAAAAGAUUUGUCAAGUUUUUUUAAAAACGUAACGGUUUCUCCUCUUGUGAGUUCAAAUGCUACAAACACUGUUAUAUCUCAAAAAUCGUCAAUUCUAGGGAAACACAAGGCAAAGGAGACAGAACCGUUUAUCAUUUCUAAACCUAAGAAAUCAAAAAAUAUAACUUCUGAAAUACAAAGAGUGUUUUCUAGUCAAAAAGUAUCAGCUUCUACGCAAACUACACAAAAAUUAAAAUCUUCUUUGAAUAUUAACAAUUCUUUGGCAAUUAUACAAGAAAAAUUGAAACAUACUCCUCGAAAAAAUUGGAACGUGAAAGUUAAACCUCCGCUCGGUGCAAAUCCAUGGACGAUAACUGCAAGUCAGGUAGAAAAACGCCGUGAAACGAAAGAAAUUGAAAUUAUCGACUUAACAGAUGAUUGCGGUGAAGAAACGAGUCAAGAAACAAUAUCAAGUUUACGUCGAAGUCCUCAAAAAAAUUCUGAACAAUUGACCGUCGAUGCAACUCCAAAAAAAUUGCGUUCUUCUCCUUUUGUACAAACGUCAACUUUUGAAAAAGAUAAGACACUAGAUGGUGCUAUUUUAUCAAAAACAUGGUCAUCAAAUAUAAAAGCAGAACCUUUAACCCCAAGUCAACAAACUAGGAUUGGUAAAAAAACUCUUUCCCAAAGCCAGAAUAAUUCAAAAGAAACGUUCAUGAGUAAAAUGUGUAGAAAAUACCCGGUAAUUAAAAUAGAAAGAGUCUCAAAUAAAAGACCGGAACAAAAUCCGACAAACUCUGACAGUUCAAUUUAUUCCGGUGGGAAAAUUAAAACCAAUUCUGACAGCGAAAAAUUUUCUUUUCUACCUGAAGAAGAUCAAGAUAUUCCGAUACAGUCUACCCAAAUUCCAAAUUCAAUUAAAAAAAGUCAAACUGGUUUUUCUUCCACACUAGACACUCAAGACAGUGAGGACUGGGUAAUCCCCCUCCCUCGAGGACCAGGAUUUGUGCCAGUUAGCCCUAUCCAGUUUGACAAAAGUGGAAAUUUUAUGCCUUUCAUCAGUCCUACUAAUUUGAGUAAAAAUAUGCUGAGCUCAGCAAAAUCUUCCCAGGAGUGCUCUGCUGAAGGUAAAAAUCCUAGUAUUAUUUUAGACCAAAAUUCAAAUUUAUUCAACAUGAGACGCUUGGAUGAUAAAGCUGGAAAUUCUGUGGCAGAAUCGAACAGUAGUUAUGGUAAUAGUAAAAAUUCUGCAAUCAAAAAUAAAAAUGAUGCUGUAUUGGAAGGCAAGCAUUCUAAUAAAAGUUAUACAGCUGAAAGUUCAAAUCCGGAUAAUCAGAAUGGGACCGAAUUCAGAGAACAACCACUAGGGGGUAUUACUUCAAAUUUAUCUAAUGAAGGAUUUGUAAAGAAUCAAUGUAUUAUUAUCAAUUCAAGCCUUGAAGAUGAAAAUUCCACUUCCGAUGCUCAAAAUGGGGAAAUUUGUGACAAAAAAACUGCCGAUUUUCCGAAAAAAUCUUCAACGUUUUUGGGAGACAAUUCUGGCUCAGAUACCAAGCUUGAUAGCAAUCCAGAUAUAACAACUAGCAAAUUUUUAGCGGGAAAUAACGUAGAAAAUAAUUCAAAAUGUGGAAAUUGUUCAAAUGAGGAAGAUAUAAUGGAGUCCUCAAUGCUACAAGGACUCUCACAUUGUCAAACAUUACCAUUUUUGAGCCCUGUAUCCUUGAAAGUGAAACGCUUGGAUGAACACAUCGAUCUGAAAGGGAAAAAUGACAUUGAUUCAAAAAGUAAUAAUCAUUGUUGCAGGAAGAACAGUGAUCCAGGAAGUGGGGUUAAACGUUAUACAUCAGGAAGUAAUAAUAAUGAAAAAACUGAAGAUUUUAACAAAACAGCUUCACAAUUUUCCAAAUCAGCCAAAAAUAUCACAAAUUUUGAUGUUUUCGACAAACCUGGCACAUCUUACGAUACAGUUGACGAUGGUAAACCGUCACACUCUAGCAGUGCAAAUACUGAAUUUUCCAACAAAACUAGUGAUUGUAAUGAUACUAUUCCAGGAAGUUUGAAAAAGGCUAAAAUAAAACCCCAGGAUGUAACAAACUUGAACAAGUAUGGCACAUCGUGUAGUAAUAUUGACGAUGAUAAACCCUCUACAAGUGGUUUGAGUAGUUUUUCAAAUUCAUCGCCAAAAAAUAAAAAUAAUUUUCCGUCUAACGUAAACGGUUUACGUAAAGUUAAAGUUACACCCAUACGUGCCAGUUGGAGUAAAAUUGGCCCUCAAAGUGGAUCAGGUUUAUCAACAAUGGAUAGAAGAUUCGAUAAAGGUCAAUUAAAUGGGAUUAAUAAAGCUCCAACUUUUGAUGGUGAAAAUCAGAAUGGGAAUCAAGAUACUGGAAAUUCAGAGAAUCUAAAAUCUUCUAAAAAACUUUUACAAAAAGGGGAUGAUACUUUGUCAAGUUCUAGCAAAAAAUUUUCGCUUCAAAAUUGGUUAAAUUCGUCAAAAAAGAGCAAAAAACAGGGAGAUAUCGGUUCAAUGAUGUUUGGUUUAAAACCCAAGCUUCAAGAAAUUGUAAAAAAGGAAAAUCCUAACGGCUCUUGGAAAAAUGGAACGAAAACUGGUGGAAAUGGAUUCUAUAGAAGUAACAAAACACGGAAGUGUCCGUUUUACAAGAUUGUUUCUGGUACCGACAUUGCUGUAGAUGCCUUUAGUUAUGGAGUGGUGGAAGGAGUCCAGUUUUAUUUUUUGUCACAUUUCCACUCAGACCACUACAUGGGAUUAACAAAAAAGUAUUGGAGGCAUAAAGUGUUUUGCAGCCAGGUCACAGGCAAUCUUGUGGCUCAGAAAAUCAGAUUGUCUGAAGAACUUAUAGUCAGGUUGCCAAUGGGGGAAGAGAUUGAAGUUGGCCAGGUUAAAGUGACGUUGUUGGAGGCAAACCAUUGUCCUGGAGCUGUUUUAUUUCUCUUCAAACUUCGAAACAAUCGGGUCCUUCUUCACACAGGAGAUUUCAGAGCCCAGGAGGAAAUGGAGAAAUAUAAUGCUUUACAAGGAAUCAGAGUUGAUACCUUAUAUCUUGACACAACAUAUUUGAACCCAGAAUAUCGGUUUCCAUUGCAACGUGAUGUCAUCAAAACAGCUGUUUCUAUUGCAACAACAGAGAUAAAGGAAUGUCCCAAAACUUUGUUUGUUGUUGGCACUUAUUUGAUUGGGAAAGAAAGGAUAUUUGCUGCUGUCGCAAAUGCCAUCGGAAGUCAAGCUUUCGUUGCACAGGAUAAAUUCCGCACAAUCCAAUGUCUGCAAGAUGAUACUUUAUCAAAGUUGGUGACACGAGAUGCAACCGAAGCUAACGUUCAUGUGAUACCAAUGAGGCAGCUUUCUGUGAAGGACCUCAAAUCACGUCUCUGUCAGUUCAGACAAUAUGAGCAACUUGUGGCUUUCAAACCUACAGGUUGGACUCAUGAUAACAAACAUCCCGGUUUGAACCGGAUAAAACCUGUUGUGUCCGGUCCUGUCAAGAUUUAUGGAUUGCCUUAUAGUGAACACAGCAGUUUUGAAGACCUUCACAGAUUCGUGAAAUUUCUUCGACCGACCAAAAUCAUCCCGACAGUUAACGUAGGAAGGAAGGAAAUGCGGGAAGAAAUGAAUUAUUAUCUGGAUAAGUGGAAACUAGGACUCGAUCCUUGAUAAAUUUUUCGGCCACCUCAUUUGAACUUCCAUUUUUCCUUGACAGUGUUGACUUGAAUUGGUUCGUUCAACCGCUAUCCACUGCCAUCCAUCAUGCCUACUUCUAUCUAUGGCUCUUAUCUGCUUUCAUAUUCUCCUAUCGACUGCUAUCCACUAUCAUAUCUACUUCUAUCUGUCCCCAUAUGGUAUUAUCUUCUUCCUCACUGUCUUAUCUUCUGUUAAUUGCUUUCAUAUUCUCUAAUCUACUGCUAUCCACAGCUAUAUUGUAUUGCCUUAAUUACUACUACCUAGAGUCCUAAUGUUUUAUCUACUACCACACUGUCUUAUCUCCUAUAAUUCUGCUCUAUCUGCUGCAAAGAUAAAUGUGAGAUCUACUACUACCUACUGUCCUACUGUUUUAUCUACUUCAUACUGUAUUAUCUGCUAUAAUUCUUCCCUAUCUGCUGCAAAGAUAAAUGUGUUAUCGGUUGCGAUGAUAAAUUUAUCAUAUUUUUCUGUGGUGCUUCCAACUCUUCUAUUAGUACUAUUCCCUCUUUCGAUGAGAAACGAAUUUGCUUUAAACAUUUGUAAGAUACUGUAUAUAGUUUUUAGCAAGUCGGUGGUUGCUCCCAACGUUUCUAUUACAGUGGUUUCCAAUCUUUAUUUCAAGCGACCCAAAUUAUAAAAAAAAAAUUUUGUAAUACCGGUACUUGCGACCCCAAGAUAAGCUUGUAUACUAAGCAGCAUUUAAUGCUUUUGGGGUCACGAAAUUGAAUGACUAAUAUGAAAUAAUAAUUUUUAUUCGAUGUUUAUUUCCCAGCAACUACCGCAAAGUGUAAAAACUGCGUUUUCUUGCCAUGAGUGAGUUUCUGAAAUCGUGGCGAGGCUUUACUUGAGCAAAAUAGAUGCUGCCAAGCUUUUGCGUACACAAUUUACCUCAUACAAAAUCACUUUUGAGUAACACUUCAACACCAAGUGUAAAAUACCAAUAAAAUCAGCAACUUUUUGUGGAAAGAAUAAGUAACCCACGGAGACUUUCAGGCGACCCAGUUUUGGGUCGCGACCCAUAUGUUGGGUAAAACUGUUCUAUUAGUAACCUCACCUCGAGGUCUGGUUGCUGGCGUCUAUCUCCACGAAGGUUAAACGUAAUAAAUGGCAUGUAGUCUCUUGAAACUCUAUCUUUUUCUGUUCUCUUCCUUUUUCUGCUCUCAGUUGGAGACUCGGGUUCUCGCUUUGAGCUAACCCAUAUAAACAUUCAUAGCUUUUUGAACAGGGCUGGGCAAUUACUUUUCUGAGUAGGCCAGUUACAGAUAAUAGACUUUGUUACUGGGCCAAAGGCUUAAAACUUAAUAUGAAAAACUAUGAAUUAAAAUAUAGUUUAUUUACAACAGCUAGGCUGACGUUUAUAUAAUAAUAAGAACACAAUGUAACAAUAGGGGUCAUUAUGAUGUCAACGUUAUUUUCAUUGAUAUUUUCAACAAAUUUAUAUUCAUAAAAACUAUAGUCGUAAUUUAGCAGACACAAGUGGGCUGGCUGAAACACUUUGGGGGCCGUAAUUCCCCCCCCCCCUGUUUCAACAAUUUUUCUUUUGUGCAUUCUUGUCAUUCGUUUGAGCAAACUUGUUGAAUUCACUGAACAAGCUUAAGAACAUGCAUUCAUUUUUGUACAGAAUUAUAUUUUUUUCAUUGUUUAUGCUGCCAAGAUUAUUCUUCAAAAUUUUCAUUUUUGAUUUGCAGUAACAUAUCAUGCUAAUACAGUCAGCUGCCUUUUUGUCACCGAAUUUUCUAUGAAAAAUAUUAUCUACAAUGUGCCCCCCGCCGCCAAAAAAAAAAUCGGAACAAAUUCUAAAGAAAACAUGAUUUUUGUGCAAAGUAUCUUAUAUUACUGAAAUUAUUAGGCACAACCAUACGCAGGUUCUGGUCCGGUUACCUUCCACUUCGGGUAUGAGAUUAGUUAGCCAGUUACUUGUUUCCUGAUGAUGUAUGAGGCCGUAACCGACCAGCGAUUACGUGAUCUACCCUAAGGCGGCGAGGAAUCCAGCAAUUUUCUUGCACAUAUGUCAUACAUAGCAUUUUUUAGUACAAAUUUUUAAUUAUUUUGAAAAAAAAGCAAUGAUAGUUUAUUAUUUAGAAUAAUGUUCAAUAAGUUCCAUAAAUACCUGUGUAUUAUCUUCAUUUUACAAUUAUGUUGUUUGGUUGUGUAUUUUGAUGUAUUUAUUUGUCAACACAAUAGAGGGACA